AUGAAUCUUGAGAUUUGUCGAAUUUGUUUGUCCGCGGUCGAUGUUUUGUUUAACGUUCACGAUCCGCUGGACAAGGAUCAAACAAUGUACACCGUUCUGUGCAGCAUUUUUCCGGCGGCAUUCAGCGAUGAAACUGACCCCAACGAAUGGCCGAGCAAACUGUGUAAGAAGUGCAAACGAAAAAUUAUGAAUACGCACAGUUUUUACAAUCUUUGUAUGGCCAGCCACAAAUGGUGGAACGAGCAGUUCGCUGAGGUGCAAGUCUAUGAAAGCGCUGCCGAGUGCAUCGACGUAGCGCAGGAAGUUUCGCCGAACGCAGAACCUUCGCCAUGUUUGUUGCCGCAAUUCGCUGAAAGCCUGAAUUUCGAUGCCGAAAUGUAUGAGGACUGGACUAGUGAAAUAGAACCGGUCGGGAAAGAAACCCAGGAGCAGAUCACCCAGGUCGAAACAAUCGACGAAAUUUUAGUUUACGAAGAAGACACCGAUGCCAGCUGCAAAGAAAAUACCCCAGGGAACAUGGCACCGGCAGAAUCGCUUCCUCAUCUAUGCACAUUUUGUGAAGAGGCAUCGUUUGCAUCGGCACACGAUUUAACAAGCCAUUUGUUAGAGUUCCAUACAGAAAAGGUUCACUACUGCGAACCAUGCUCGGUGUUGUUCUUAGACAGGAAGAAGUACCAAGUCCACCAAAAAUCUCACGAUUUGGGGCAUACUUACUUUUGUGGAACUUGCGAAAAAGGUUUCGCGUCGGAAAGUAAACUUGCGAAACACAGCAAAAAGCACGCCGUGAACCACCUAUGUUCUAUUUGUGGUAAGAAGUUCAGCCGACGACAGUAUCUUACACGGCACAUGGUCCGCCAUUCAAGCGCUCGACCGUAUGCUUGUGAUCUGUGCCCGGCCAGGUUUGUUACCCAAGGUGAAGAGAGGGCACACAAUAGGACCGUUCAUACUGAAACUAAGAAGUUUGAGUGUGAUUUGUGUGGAACGAAAUGGUAUUCAAGGAAUGGUUUGAAAAAGCAUCGUCAGACGCAUAUGGGCGAGCGACCAUUUAGCUGCAACCUUUGUGAAUGGAGCUUUACAGCAGCGCACCACCUUAAACGCCACAUGGUCGUCCACACUGGGGAACGGUCGUAUAAGUGCGGUUUCUGUGGUAAGCAGUUCGCGCAAGGCAGCGUGCUGGUGAAACAUACUCGGACACACAUCGGCGAGAACGUUUUUCCGUGCGUCCAUUGCGACGCUUCCUUCCGGUUGCUACGAGAUUUAAGGAACCACUACAAAGAACACCUCCAACCGGCAGAUGGGACAAUCAUAGACUCUUCAGUGGCAGGUGACGGCCUCGGACAAGUGAUUCGAUUCAACACUAAAGAUGCUCUGAACAUUCGAUACCGUAAGGAUGGCAUAGAUAUCACAAAUUAAAGGUCGAAGGGAUCGUACAGUUAAGCCAUGAGCUGGUACUACAUCUAUGUCUUUGCAAUGCCCUUCCUAUACUGGGUGCCGUUUUCAGUAUAAU